AAAAGCCAUAGCUUGCAAGCAGAAAACCCUAAUCGCUCUGCGAUUUUGCAUUCUGGGUUUUGUUUUGCUUUGCUGGGUUUUGAGUUUCUCUCUCUUCUGGUCUUAGGACAUGGAGCGCUUGAAUCCCGAUAGACUCGAACUUCCUCCACCACCACCCAUUAUUCCUCCAAAUGUUGUCCCGACUGUGGCAGAGGAAAAGUCUCUUGAACUAUAUAAGAAAGCAUCAACUCCAAAACGUGUUCCCAUGGCAAGGAGUGGGAAUGGAACUAAAGGGCAGAAGAUCCCUCUUCUGACCAACCAUUUCAAAGUGGCAGUGAACAAGUCUGAUGAGUACUUUUUCCAUUACAGUAUUGCGAUGUCUUAUGAAGAUGGUACCCCCGUCGAUGGGAAAGGCAUUGGACGAAAGGUCAUUGAUAAAGUGAAACAGACAUACGCAAUGGAGCUUGCCGAUAAAGAAUUUGCUUAUGACGGAGAGAAAAGCUUGUUUACCGUUGGCCCUCUUCCUCACAACAGACUUGAGUUCACAGUUGUACUGGAUGACAUCUCAUCGACCAGGAGGACUGCAAGCCCAGGAGGUGGCUCCAACCGUGCUGACAGUGAGGGAGAUCGGAAGAGAGUUAAGAAGCAAUUUCAAUCCAAACAAUUAAAUGUGCUGAUCAACUAUGCUACUAAAAUCCCAAUGCAAGCAAUCGUGAAUGCAAUACGUGGCCAGGAUUCAGAACAUUUUCAGGAAGCGGUGAGGGUUCUUGAUAUCGUACUGAGGCAGAAUGCAGCGAAACAGGGUUGUCUUCUUGUCCGACAGUCUUUCUUCCACAACAAUCCAAGGAACUUCGCGGACUUGGGAUCAGGUGUGUUAGGCUGCAGGGGUUUUCAUUCAAGUUUCCGAGCCACCCAAGGGGGUCUAUCUCUUAAUAUGGACGUAUCCACUACAAUGAUUGUAAAACCUGGCCCCGUUCUAGACUUUCUGAUGCUAAACCAGAACGUUAAAACUCCUUACCAGAUCGAUUGGACGAAGGCUAAGAGAAUGCUGAAAAAUCUGAGGAUCACAACCUAUUCAUCUAAGAUGGAGUACAAAAUCACUGGACUGAGUGAUAGACCAUGCAAAGAGCAGAGGUUCUUCCUGAAAUCGAAAAAAGGACAGGAUGGUGAUGGAGAAGAAAUUACGGUUUCUAAAUAUUUUGCUGUCUAUAAAAACCUACCAUUGCGGGAUUCAGCAGACUUCCCAUGCAUCAAUGUUGGGAAACCAAAGAAGCCAUCUUACUUUCCACUUGAGCUUUGCAACUUGGUUUCACUGCAACGCUAUACAAAAUCUUUAACCAAUUUGCAAAGGGCUUCACUAGUGGAGAAGUCUCGGCAGAAGCCCCAGGAGAGGAUGUCAGUUUUGCGUGAUGCACUGAGGACUAGUAAUUAUGAUGCUGACCUGAUGCUUCGUUCUUCUGGAGUGUCCAUUGGUGUUGACUUUGUGCAUGUUGAAGGCCGUGUAUUGCCAGCUCCAAAGCUAAAAGUUGGGAACGGAGAGGACUUUUUUCCGCGCAACGGGAGGUGGAAUUUUAACAACAAGAAACUGGUACAACCUGUGACUAUAGAUCGUUGGGCUAUUGUCAAUUUCUCUGCUCGCUGUGACACUCGGAACCUGGUCAGCAAUAUGAUGAAGUGCGGAAAUAUGAAAGGAAUUGCCAUAAAGGAACCGUUUAUGGUAUUUGAUGAGAGUAACCAGCACAGACGUGAACCAGCUCCCGUUAGAGUGGAUAAGAUGUUUGAAUACAUAAAGUCAAAACUUCCAGGACCACCUCAACUUCUGUUGUGUAUUCUUCCUGAGAGGAAGAAUUCUGACAUAUAUGGUCCAUGGAAAAGGAAGAAUCUUUCUGAGCUUGGGAUUGUAACACAGUGCAUUGCUCCUACAAAGGUGAAUGAUCAGUACAUUACAAAUGUGCUACUGAAAAUCAAUGCAAAGAUGGGUGGAAUGAAUUCGUUGCUAAGUGUGGAGCAUUCUCCUUCUAUUCCAUUGGUUUCCAAGCGCCCCACUCUGAUUCUCGGUAUGGAUGUGUCACACGGCUCACCUGGGCGGUCAGACGUGCCUUCUAUUGCAGCGGUGGUGAGUUCCAGGCACUGGCCCUUGAUUUCUCGUUACCGAGCUGCUGUGCGUACUCAAUCACCAAAAGUGGAAAUGAUAGCUUCUCUGUUCAAGCCUGUGUCAGAUAAAGAGGAUGAUGGCAUAAUCAGGGAACUGUUGGUAGACUUUUAUGCUACUUCAGGAAGCAGGAAGCCGGAUCAGAUAAUUAUUUUCAGGGAUGGAGUGAGUGAAUCACAGUUCAACCAAGUCUUGAAUGUGGAACUGGAUCAGAUUAUUGAGGCCUGCAAAUUUCUUGAUGAGACUUGGUCUCCAAAGUUCAUGUUGAUUGUUGCACAAAAGAAUCAUCACACCAAGUUCUUCCAGACGCAUUCACCUGACAAUGUUCCACCGGGAACCAUCAUAGACAACAAAGUCUGUCACCCCAAGAACAAUGAUUUCUACUUGUGCUCUCAUGCUGGGAUGAUUGGGACUACUCGGCCUACCCAUUAUCAUGUUCUGUAUGAUGAACUUGGGUUUUCAACGGAUGACUUGCAAGAAUUGGUUCAUUCUCUGUCUUAUGUGUACCAAAGAAGCACGACAGCCAUAUCCGUAGUUGCUCCAAUCUGCUACGCCCAUCUAGCUGCUGCCCAGAUUUCCCAGUUCAUCAAGUUUGAUGAAAUGUCGGAGACUGCCUCAAGCCAUGGUGGUGGAAUCACAGUUCCAGGUGCUGUUCCGGUGCCCGAGUUACCCAAGCUGCAUAAAAAUGUGAUCAACUCCAUGUUCUUCUGUUAAAGAUUGGUUGCAGACUUCAGUUUCUUAUCCCCCACGGCUCGAUGCCGUUAGAAUAGCAUAUGAACUUUGACUAGUGGUUUUGACAGCAACUAUUUAAGCUUUGGGGAUUUUUGGCAGGAACUUUCACUAAUAUAUCACGCUGCUGA